UUCUCUAUAAAACCAAAUAUGCUAACAGGCAUCAGUUCAUAAACCAAUACAUACAAUUAAUUCUAUGGCCAAGAUUAGAGCUUUUAGUGGCAAGAAAAAGAACAGCAUGUUGAGGCUUAAAAUUGUAGUAGAAAAACUACAAAAGGGUCUCUUGUUGGGCAAGAAAAUGCCUCGACCAGACAACAAUUUCCUCGACAUCGAACAUGACAUCAACACCGCCAAUGAUCAAGUCCCCGAGGAUGUCAAAGAAGGUCACCUGGCCGUGGUUGCUUCAUACCAUUAUCAACUCAAGAGGUUCAUAAUUCCUAUCGGUUUUCUAACGCACCCUUCCUUUUUGACGUUGUUAGAGCAAGCGGCCGAAGAGUAUGGUUUCGAUCACGAGGGAGCCUUAAUGGUUCCUUGUCACCCAAGCAAGCUCGAGAAGAUACUCGAAGAGCAAUGCAUGCACUAGUGAAGGAUCGGGCUCGAACUCGAAUCAUGUUGUUGGUUGGGGUUGCUCAAAAACCAUAGUAAAGAGUUACUAGGACUGUUCGAGCAAUUUAACCUCGAAGAUGAAGUUCUAUGUAAUGGUAAAAUUUUAAUCCUAUCCAUGGCUGGACGGCAUGGUUUUGUUACUCUAGCUACUCCCUUCAUGUAAUCAAAUCUAGAUUGUUAUUAUUCAAUAAAUAUAUAGAACAAUAAUUGUUUAAAUUUGUUCUUAAUUAAUUAUCAAUUCAAGGGGUCCUUAAAUUUAGAAGGUGAUGCUCUAAUAUAUGGUGCCUUUUCCAGCAAAUCAGUUUUCCCCUAUAUAUGUUUAAUAUGAUCAUAUAUAUGAUGUCUAU